CCAGCCCCAACCUCCCCUCCGCUUCAUGGAGAAGGAAGUGAAAACCUGCUUCCAGAGUGACCCGGCCAGGUUCUGUGCCACUUGGUGUCUGGAGGUCAGCAGUUCUCCAGGUUCCCUGAGGCUGCUUGGCCGCAAGGAAAGGUUUGUGUUUAUUUUAUAACUUCGGCGUCUGACAGGUCAGAGCUGCAAGAGGAAGAGGAGGAGGAGGAGGACAAUAAUAAUUAGCUCAGGUGGUCCUUGUUAUCUGUCAUCUUACCCCUACCGGAAGGCUUAACGGUGACAAAAGCAUCCUGAAUUCCUACGGAGUAGGUCAAGUCAUCCUGGUGGGGAGUCUGCAAGCCAGGACAGCCCACUGGACAGGACCUGAAUAGUGGGCUCCUGGCCCUGCACCAGCUAGACCCCUGCAGGGCGCCCCCCAGAGCCUGGGCGGCUGGCCACGAUGACCACGUCCCCCCUCCUGGAGCUGUGGCCAGCCAGGACGGUGUCUAUCCGAGAGCGCCUGGGCAUCGGUGACAAGCCCGACGAUGCCUACUGCUACAACUCGGCCAAGAACAGUACCGUGCUGCAGGGUGUCACCUUCGGUGGUAUUCCCACUGUCCUCCUGCUGGACGUCGGCUGUUUCCUGUUUCUAAUAUUGGUGUUUGCUAUCAUAAGAAGAAGAUUCUGGGAUUAUGGCCGCAUUGCCCUGGUGUCAGAAGCAGGCAGCGAGUCCAGGUUCCAGAGGCUGUCAUCCUCGUCCUCGUCCUCCCUAGGGCAGCGUGACUUUGAGAGUGAGCUGGGAUGCUGCCCCUGGCUGACGGCCAUCUUCCGCCUGCAUGACGAGCAGAUCCUGGAGUGGUGUGGGGAGGAUGCCGUCCACUACCUGUCCUUCCAGAGACACCUCAUCUUCCUGCUGGUGGUGGUCAGCUGCUUGUCCUUGUGCGUCAUCCUGCCUGUCAACCUCUCGGGGGACCUGCUGGACAAAGAUCCGUACAGCUUUGGGAGGACAACAAUAGCAAACCUACAGACCGAGAACCACCUCCUCUGGCUGCACACGGUCUUCGGGGUCGUCUAUCUCUUCCUCACCGUAGGCUUCAUGCGGCACCACAUGCAGUCCAUCAAAUAUAAAGAGGAGAACCUGGUGAGACGGACACUGUUCAUCACAGGACUCCCCAAAGAUGCCAAGAAGGAGGUGGUGGAGAGCCACUUCCGGGACGCCUACCCCACAUGUGAGGUGGUCGAGGUCCAGCUGUGCUUCAACGUGGCCAAGCUGCUUUACCUGUGCAAGGAGAGAAACAAGGCGGAGAAGAGCCUGAACUAUUACACCAGCCUGCAGGCCAAGACCGGCCAGCGGACGCUCAUCAACCCCAAGCCCUGUGGUCACUUCUGCUGCUGUGAAGUGCAGGGCUGUGAGCGGGAAGAUGCCAUCUCCUACUACACUCGCCUGAAGGAACGACUGGUGGAGAGGACGGAGGAGGAGGAGCACAGGGUCCAAGAGCAGCCCCUGGGGAUGGCCUUCAUCACCUUCCAGGAGAAGUCCAUGGCCACCUACAUCCUCAAGGAUUUCAACGCCUGCAAGUGUCAGGGCUUGCGCUGCAAAGGGGAGCCCCAGCCGUCCUCCCACAGCAGGGAGCUCUGCCCCUCCAAGUGGACCGUCACUUUUGCCACCUACCCUGAGGACAUCUGCUGGAAGAACCUCUCUGUCCAGGGCUUCCGCUGGUGGCUACAGUGGCUGGGCAUCAACUUCAUACUCUUCGUGGCGCUAUUUUUCCUGACCACACCCUCCAUCAUCCUGUCCACCAUGGACAAGUUCAAUGUCACCAAGCCCAUCCACGCGCUGAAUGACCCCAUCAUCAGCCAGUUCUUCCCCACCCUCCUCCUGUGGUCCUUCUCGGCCCUGCUCCCCACCAUCGUUUACUACUCCACGCUGCUGGAGUCUCACUGGACCAAGUCUGGGGAAAACCGGAUCGUGGUGACCAAGGUGUACAUCUUCCUGAUCUUUAUGGUGUUGAUUCUGCCUUCCCUCGGCCUCACCAGUCUGGAUUUUUUCUUUCGGUGGCUCUUUGAUAAGACUUCCGCGGAGACCUCUGUCAGGCUGGAGUGCGUGUUCCUGCCCGACCAGGGCGCCUUCUUUGUGAACUAUGUCAUUGCCUCGGCUUUCGUGGGCAACGGCAUGGAGCUGCUGCGGCUGCCCGGGCUCAUCCUCUACACCUUCCGCAUGCUCGUGGCCAAGACGGCAGCCGACCGCAGGAACGUCAAGCAGCACCAGGCCUUCGAGUUUGAGUUCGGAGCCAUGUACGCGUGGCUGCUGUGCGUGUUCACCGUCAUCAUGGCCUACAGCAUCACCUGCCCCAUCAUCGCGCCCUUUGGCCUCGUGUACAUCCUGCUCAAGCACAUGGUGGACAGGCACAACCUCUACUUCGUCUACCUCCCGGCCAAGCUGGAGAAGAGGAUCCACUUCGCGGCCGUCAGCCAGGCCUUGGCCGCACCCAUCCUCUGCCUCUUCUGGCUCUACUUCUUCUCCCUCCUGCGCCUUGGCCUGAAGGCCCCGCUCACCCUGUUCACCUUCCUGGUGGUUCUACUCACCAUCCUCGUCUGCCUGGGCUACACCUGCUUCGGCUGCUUCAAGCACCUCAGCCCCAUGAACUACAAGACAGAAGAAUCCACGAGUGACAAAGGCAGUGGGGCAGAGGCCCCUGUGCCCGCCCUGGUCACGCCCUAUGUGCCCCGAAUCCUGAGCCUGGCCUCGGAGAGAACGGCCUUGUCCCCACAGCAGCAGAACUAUGGCGCCAUCCACAACAUCAGCGGGGCCCUUCCGGGGCAGAGCCAGGCCCCGAGCCUGGAGGACAGCCUGGCAGCAGCCUUCCAGGAAGCCUGAGGACAUGCACGGUGGGUGUGCGGCAGGCUGGAAGUGCUGAGCAGCGCAGACAGGGCUCCACUCGGAUCCUUCCGAAGCUCAGGACUGAUGUCCAUCUGCUCACGUACAGCUGUUUUCACAGAAGGAGCCAGCGAGGCGGUAGCACCCCUGGGUUGGGGAGACCCACGGUGUUUGCGGGGGGUGGGGGGAGUCUCCUCUGCCCCUUCCCAGCUCUCCUCCAAUCAGCUUCCCACCCCUGCCCUUGCUCCUGUGAGAUGGAAGCUGGGAUGGGGCCUCCACAUAUGUCAUGGGAGACGGUGGCAGGUGAUGGCCUGUCCUGCACCCGUGCAACUAACGUCACACCAAAGGGCCUGAGGCGCCUCCAUGUCUAGGAUGUCCCAGCUCCUUCUGGCCUGCUCCUCCCAACUGUGGGUUGUCCCUCCACCCCCAGGGGGCGCUGUGGGAACAGCAAGGGCACGGCCAGCAUGCACACACCCGCCUGCUCUGGCCAGUGAGGGAGAGUCCACAGGGCUAUCGCAGCAGCAGGGCACCAGCGCCCAUCAGUCACUGCUUCUCCUACCCCUUCAGGGUCAGCCCACAGCCCCAGACCCCGCCUGUCUGCUCCCCCAGGGAGGAGCUCCUCAGCGCCCAGAGAGCUGCACAGCAGGGCAGGCGGGAGGAGGGGGGUGUUUCCGGAAAUUUCUAUCCAUGCCUGAGGCUCCAAAGUCCCAGGUUCAAUCCCCAGCACAACCAUAAACAGAGCUGAGCAGUGCUCUGGUUAAAAAUAUAUAUAUAUCAAGAUCUCCCAGUGACCUCUGCUUCCUCCAAGGACCCUAAAGAUACAGGUUGAGAUAUGGGCCAGUGCAGAUAGGAGGGUCCCCACGGGUGAGGGGGCUUGGAGGAGCACAGCCUCAGGAGACGUCUCCUCCAUGGUCACUGCCUCGAAGGCCUCCACCAGAAGCCCUUUAUGGUGAGGGUCACAUGGAGGGGACCCUCCCCACCCCAGAUGCACAGCUGCUGGCUUAGCGGAGGAGGACCCAUGGGCAUCACUCAGUCCAGGAGUGCUUAUUCAGUAAAGCCAUUUAUUACCAA